AUGUAUUCGCGCGAGCAGUUCAUGAACCCAGGACCGGCUCCUCGCCCUCCCACCGACCGGCCUCAACUGAGCACGAUCUCUACGAUGUCUUCGGUCUCGUCUGCUGCUACCACCUUCGAUCGAAUGGGUCUUAAUUCGCCCUCUACCCCGUCACUCUCCAUAUUCCCGAAUUCGUCCUCGCUCUCGUUGAGCCAAAAGACCGGUCAGGGAGGCGUGGCUGUGAUCAAGGAAGGAUAUGUUAGAUGUAAAGAGGACAAGUUCCUGGCCAGCUGGAACCAACGGUAUCUCGUCCUACGCGAAUUCCGCCUCGACUUCCUCAAGAAUGAGACCGGCAAGAGCGUGCUCUCGAUCCAGCUCAAUAAUGUUAUGAACGUGACCCGGUCUGAGGAUACCAAGAUGGCAUUCGAGAUCACCCGUGUUGCAAACCCGAAAGACGCAAACUCCCGCAGUCCCUUGACAGGUCGGGAUAUCGCAACGAAGACGAUAACGUGCGAAGUAAAGAGUGACGAUGAAAUCUACGACUGGAUCGAUAAGAUAUACGAACGAUGUCCGGGUAUGGGAGGGGUCAGCAACCCGACGAAUUUCAGCCAUCAGAUUCACGUCGGAUUUGAUCCGCAGACGGGAGCGUUCGUUGGUCUUCCACCGGAGUGGGAGAAGCUCUUGACGGCCUCAGCUAUCACCAAGGAGGACUACAAGAAGAACCCACAGGCCGUCAUCGAAGUUCUAGAGUUCUACUCUGAUAUCAAAAUGCGCGAGCAAAACCCUCAAUAUUUCCCUGGAAUGAGCACUCCAUCUCCACCGAGCAUGCAAGCUCUACGCAGCCACGGUGUAGCCCCUCCGAGACCGCCUCCGCCUUCUGGUUUACAGCGCCUUGAUACCAACCAAUCCUCGCGCACACACGAUGAUAGAUCGCCCAGCGCGUCGCCGGCACAAUCAAACCGUAAGGGAUCAGACGCUGCCGACCGCUCAUAUGAUCAGCAGUACAAUCCAGAUCGUUCCAAAGAGAUGCCACAUCCGGAUCAACGACGACGAAUGGAGGAAGAGGCACGUCGUAUCCGCGAAGCGCAACGACAACGUGAAGAGGAACAAAACCGACGAGAGCAGGAAGCUUAUAAUGCAUCACUACCCAAGACUCGAGUACCACUUGCGCAGCAGGAGCUCGGUGGAUAUGGUGGCUCACGCGAACCGGCCAGUAGUACAUCUAGCAGCCGAUAUAACCCUUCUCGUCCUGCACCACAGGCUCCCUCGAGCGAACGAUCUCGACAGCCACAGCAAGACUCGUCGAGACCAAUAAACGCACAGCGCCCUGCUCCUUCACCACCAAGAAACGGAGCACCAUCAUCACAUUCCAGAGACGACAAUGGAUCUCUUCGCAGCGCUCCUCGCCCAGACCAAAGCCGACAGCAGCCAUCUGCUUCACGCUAUGCAGGGAAUGACAGCCGUAGCCCAGCUCGCACCCAGGCCCGCCAGCCAAACGGCUCCGCGGCCUCAGGUCAACCACCCAGCCGUCUCCCGGCUCCUGUUCAGGCAGUUAAACCCCUUAACAUCGCUAACAAGCACGGCCCUGCUGGCAAAUCGAAUGGAGUUGCUGAUGGUGUCCGUCAAGCUGAGGCUGCUCUGACUAAGAAACCAGAGCCAUCUCGUCAAAAGGAUGUCCGAAUGUCAACAAUGUCAGAAAGCGAGGUUAUGGAGAGACUUCGACAAGUCGUUUCAAAAGAGAAUCCAAACGAGUCGUACAGCAAGCAACGGAAGAUUGGACAGGGUGCUUCGGGAUCGGUAUACGUUGCUCGUGUUAAGGAGAACGCAAGCUCACCCGUGGCCCGUGAAAUAUACCGCACACACGGUCCUCGUGGACAGGUUGCCAUUAAACAAAUGGAUCUAAGAAGCCAACCUCGCAAGGAACUCAUUGUUAACGAAAUUAUCGUGAUGAAGGAUAGUCAGCAUCCAAAUAUCGUUAACUUCCUUGACUCGUUCUUACAGGAAUCAAGCAAUGAACUAUGGGUAGUCAUGGAGUUUAUGGAAGGAGGAGCAUUGACUGAUGUUAUUGAACAAAACCCUGUGAUCCAGGAGGAUCAGAUCUCAACCAUCUGCUACGAGACUUGCAAAGGCUUAGCCCAUCUACACGGUCAAAAUAUUAUCCAUCGUGAUAUCAAGAGUGACAAUGUCCUUUUGGAUAGAGUUGGAAACGUGAAAAUUACUGAUUUUGGUUUCUGUGCCAAACUUACCGAGUCGAAGAGCAAGCGUGCAACUAUGGUCGGAACCCCGUACUGGAUGGCUCCAGAGGUCGUCAAGCAGAAAGAGUACGGCCCAAGGGUCGACGUAUGGUCUCUUGGAAUCAUGGCUAUUGAGCUGAUCGAGUCCGAACCACCGUACCUGAACGAAGAGCCACUCAAGGCUCUAUACCUCAUCGCCACAAACGGUACCCCAUGCCUCAAGAAGCCAGAGAAACUCAGCAAGGAGCUUAAAUCCUUCCUCAGCGUAUGUCUCUGUGUCGAUGUCAGAAGCCGUGCCUCAUCUGAUGAACUAUUGUCACACGAAUUCCUUAAAAAUGGAUGCAGCUUGGCCAGCCUUGCUGAGCUGCUACGAUUCAAGAAAAACGCCGCUCAAUAG